AUGGCCUGUGGAGGCUCCUAUUCUGUGGUCAUUGUCCCUCUUCAGAACAAUCUGCACAGCCUGGACUCGUUGCGUUUCUUUCUCUGGUUGAAGAGACUGAGGGCUCUAGAGCGAGAGAAAGACUUGCUGUGGACUGGCCUGCAAGGUCUGGAGCAGGCUCGUCUCUGGUACCAGCACCAACUUCAGGAGAACACACUCAGGCAGGCCAGUGUUUGGUCAGGAAAUUGGGAACAGGUAGGUGGGGUCUUUUCCUGCCUGUUGCGGUCUCGUAUGCAGCGGAUAAAUGGGAGUCUGGGUAGCCUCAUGUGUGACCCGUGUGUAUGGAGCGGUCCAGCUCCAGAGGAGACGGAGGGCUCGGAUACAGACCUCCGCUGGCAGAAUGCAGCACUUGUACAAGAGGUGAGUCAGAAAAAUCGUCAGAUUUCAUUACUGGAGUUGGAGAGAGACAAUCUGCUUCAGGAGCUGGAUGACCUACAGUAUUACUGA